UUAUCGCCCUCGAAUUUGGCACAAUGAAUAACUCACUCCAACAAAAUUUAAUCGAAAAUGUCGAUCAAGAAGACGAGAUUAAGAACCUCAGAACCAUAGUAGAUGAAGAUGUGGCUGAUUCCAACUUUAUCUACAUCCUCAAUACCAUUUUAAGCGGUACAGCUCGCCUCAAUGUUCUGUUACCCACAGCAACCAUUCUUGCAUUCACAAUUUUUGCUCCCCUUGUAACCAACGAUGGUAAGUGCAAGUCCCUUGAGAGAUGGUUGAUGGGCUCCUUCUUGGCUUUCUUGGCUGCUUCCUGUGUAUUCUUUUCAUUCACCGACAGCUUUCGUACUGCCACCGGGAGGCUGCAUUACGGCGUUGCAACGAUCAAGGGGAUAUGGACUUUUAAUGGUGGAAAAACGAAGCCAUGCGUGCCUUCGGAUUAUAGGCUAAGAUGUAGUGAUAUGUUCCAUGCAUCACUUUCUUUGAUUGCGUUUUUGACUUUUGCAACAUCACAUUCUGAUGUAUUGGAUUGUUAUCAUUUGGUUGUUCCAAGAAAGGUUACCAAUUCUGUGCCUCUUGUGGUAGGAUUUGUGGUUCCAAAGUCAUUAUAGCCCAAGAAGGUCAUGUGGACGUUCCUUUG